UCCGCAAAAAAACAUUUAUCAAACAAGAUGUCAAAUUUAUAAGAAAGCCAUUAACUGCUUCUUGUUUUGAUGACGAUGGAGAUGGAGGCAAAGAAGUAAAAGAAAAGGAAGAAAGAAAAGAAAGAAAGAAAGAAACUCGGAUAUAGAAAAGCUCAGCUCAUGGCUGUCAGCAUCAAGGCCUUGCACUGACGCGUCUAAGGCAUCCUCACCACCCUGGAAACGUUUACACUUGAAAUACCCAUUGCUGUCUCUUCCUCCUUCUUCCUCGGCCCCACCCCAUCUCCCUGUUCUUGUCCCUAAAUCACUUCACCGCCUCUUCAUUUAAUCCCUUCCAUUUUCCGGCCACUUUCUUGAAAAUCCCGAUGUCUGAAAUGGCGGCCACGGCGGCUAGCGUUGCAAUCUGGUCGGGUCAACCCACUCAAUCGUCAACUCCCCUUUAUCAGAUUUGAUUUUCGUUUUCCGAAAAGACCAUUUUUUGGGGAUUGUUAUUGGGUUCUGUUAAGACUUCUUUCUUUCCCAUACAAUGGAGGAGGAGAAAGUGGCGAUAACGAGGAAGCUGAUUGAAGUGGUGAAUGAAAUAGCGGCCAUUUCUGACUUCAGGUCCGUGGUGAAGAAGCAGUAUUUCACUCUGGCGAGGCGGCUGAAGCUUCUUACUCCGAUGUUUGAAGAGAUUCGCGAUAGCAAAGAGGCGGUCCCUGAAGCCUCGUUGAAUGCGCUGCUUUCCUUGAAGGCUGCUCUGGACUCAGCUAAGAAUUUGCUCAAAUUUGGUGGGGAGGGCAGCAAAAUUUUCCUGGUUUUAGAAAGGGAUCAAAUUUUGAAUAAUUUUCAUGAAGUGACCACUCAACUGGAGCAAGCAUUGAGUGAGAUUUCUUUUGAAAACCUUGACUUAUCUGAUGAAGUUAAAGAACAGGUUGAGCUUGUUCUUUCUCAGUUCAAAAGGGCCAAAGUGAAGGCAGAUACACCUGAUGAUGACAUAUAUGAGGAUUUGUUAUCCCUUUACAACAGUAGUGAGACUUCUAUAGAUCCAGCUUUGUUGAGGAGAUUGGUAGAUAAGUUACAACUAGCUGGAAUAAAUGAUCUUACACAAGAAUCUCUGGCUUUGCAUGAGAUGGUUACUUCUACAGGUGGGGAUCCAGAAGAGACCAUAGAGAAGAUGUCAAUGCUGUUAAAGAAGAUUAAAGAUUUUGUGCAGACUGAAAAUGUCGACAUUAAUUCUUCCUCCGCCAAAGAGAAGUCUCCAAGUUUAGGAGAGACAUCCACAGAGGAGAGUGAUAAGACAAACCCAGUUAUACCAGAUGAUUUCCGCUGUCCUAUAUCUCUGGAGCUUAUGAAUGACCCUGUCAUUGUUUCGACUGGACAGACCUAUGAACGUUCAUGCAUUGAGAAAUGGAUAGAAGCGGGACACACCAGCUGCCCAAAGACACAACAGCCCCUAAC